AUGAGACUGAGAGACGCAGAGGACGAACGAGAGGACGAACGAGAGGACGAACGAGAGGACGACGAAGGCGAAGGGAAAGAAGAAAAGAAGAAAAGAAGACGAGAUAUACCCGAUAUACCCUCUGGCAGUCCCCCUGACCACAGCCUGUUUUGGCGUAUGCAGGGCAUCCACAGCGACAUCCACGGCUACUCCAUGUUUCUACGACAUCUACCACAACAUAAUUAG